UUAUAUCCAAGCGUUUACGUGUGUUGAUUGAUCAGUGUUAAGUAUGGAAGAUACUGAUGCAGAAUUGCAAAACACGGUUCUAAACAGUGCCAUGAAAAACGAUCCUUGGGAACCUCUAGAAAAUAAAAUGCCUGAUAUCCCAAAGAUAUGUCCUGCUCCACAUGAUCCUUUAAAGAUUUUGAUAAGUUCAGAGACUUACGUAAAGUCAUUAGAAAAAAGACUGAACAAAUUAAAGGGUAAAAAUGAUAAAGUGAAACCUAAAGACAUGAUACAAAGUUUACAUGAAGCAAGAGAUUUGCUUUCAUCACAAUUCAUGUCAGAAAAUACAAUAAACAACAGUGCAGACUUUUUGCCAGAGAACAGUGAGUCAGUGAUAUCAUCUAUACAAAGGAGAUUAAAUCCAGAAAGACAAGCUUUAAAUACUCAAGAACUAGUCCCCCUUGUACAUGAAGAUAUUUUGGCAAAACUGUCGGAAGAACCUGAUGAUUCCAAAGAGGGUGAAGGAAUAACAAGUGAAGGAAACAGUUGAUUGAUUUGAAUGGAAAAUCUGUUAAUUAUUAAUCAAGAGCAAUAGAAAAUCUGUAAUUUGUAAACAUGUUUGCCAGAAUAGUCAGCUGUAUCAUGUAGAAGCAUAAAUUGAAGAUGUUGGUUUAGAUAUUUGUGUUGAAAACAAACAACUCUUAAGACUUAUAAGUCUAUAUUUUGAAAAAAUGUUACAAACAGUAAUACAUGUAUCUUUAUCGAUUAAAAAAUGGAGGAAGAUUAAAAAAAUGAUUUAACCAAAAUUUAAUGCCAAAAAGAGUAACUUCCUUUGCUAUAAUAAAUUUUAUUGAUAGAUAUUUUUAUUGAAACUCUGAUGAGCUGUACAAGUGAAACAUGUUUGUAAUUUUGGUAUAUAUUAAAAGUAUAAAUGCAUGUGAUACUACUUUUUCAUAUUUUAAUAUAAAUUAUAUUUUACAUUGUACUAUUAAAUCAAGGAAAAUUGAAUUUUAAAAUUUGCCCAGCUGACUGAGUGAUUUAUACUUUUAAUGUGAUUUACAGUAAGCAAAGAAUGUAUGUAUACUUUAUCUAUUUAUUAAAGAUUUUUUUUAAGAAUCUGAAGACACUGGCCUGGGUCGAACCUACAAUAUUUGGAGGCAAGGGGUUUGAAGUUUUAAUGAAAACACUGUGUAAAAUUGAGAAGAAACAGAAUGAAAAUAAAUGGAGUUAUUUAAAAAGCACUUUGUGCCAUGUGACUUGCUAGCCUAUAUUUUCUUAAUAGAAAUAGUGGUUACAAUGCAUAUGUACUUAUACUGACCAUUAUAAUGAUUAAUAAAGAACGUUUGUGAACAUGUGAACAUGACUUGUGAUGUCAAUCAAAGUCAACCUGGUUGUCAGAGAACUAUUAAGAGGACAGUCUACUAAUUAAUUAAAGUACAUCUUAUACAAUCUACUAAGGCUGGACAGACCAAUUGAUUUAUAAACAUUUAGAGAAAGGCUUGAAUGGGGGAAUGUAUAGUAUUUAAAUUUGAACUAUUAUAUUAAGAUGAUGAAAAUUCUAACUUACUUACUGGUCUCUGGAAUUAUUUGUACAUUUAUUAUAGAAGUGAAAUGUCAACUCGAUCUUGAAGGUCUUGUAGAAGCUCAACAGCAGCUAAAUGGCGGGGGAGGGGGUUCCGGUAUGGGUCGGAUGAUUUCCAACACAGUUCGAAACACAAUGAUCAGUGGUGCUUUGACUAGCGCUGUAAGGUUCGUAGUUGGUGAAACUGCGAAUCCAAGCCAGGAGAUGAUGCAGCAUGCAAUAAUGAUGAGGUCGGCACCUAGGACACAAGCUGAGAGAGAUGUUUACUUGGGUAUGAUGAAAAGGUUAGCGCGGCGCACACCGGAAGUUGUGCAGAAGUACACGAAAACAGAGGUACACAAGAAUGGAACAAGAAGUCAUACUGUAGAUUUUAUUGCCCUCGACGCAGACGUUACUAGAAGAUCAUUAAUGUAUCAACAGAUGCGUGCAGCCCGUAGUCGUCUGCGUGAACAAGAACGCCAACAAGAAAGACAAGUUCAGUUGGAAAUGGAACGGCUUAAUAUGCUGCGAGAAAUGCGAAUGAACAGUGUUAAUAACGGCUUGUUUGGCGCUGGUUUAGGUACAACUAGUAUGUUUAGUGGUUUUGGAACAACGAUGCCUAAUGUUCAAUUUAAUUCACUAGAUGGUUUAUGGCCACAAACGACGCCUUUUCCAUCAUAUACUGUAAACUCCGGUCAAGCAUUAGGACAACAAACUAAUCUGUUUAAAUAAAUUGUUACAAAAGGGCUUUUCCUUAUAGUACGUACAGAAACAAGGGGUGAUUAUUGUCUACCUUGAAUGUUUAUGAUUAUGUUACUUAUGUUUUAGACUAUGUUCAUUUCGCUAUGAAACAAAACAUUUUCUAGAAAUAGUUUAACAGUAAUUCUAUCAGACUUUUAGCAUAUGUACUAAAUAAAGUUAAACAUAUCAUAUUGAUUAGUUAUUAGUUUCUAUACAUGUAUUUUUCACAGGCACGAGUAUCGGACAAGGAAAGAAAUAAUUUCAAUUCAAUUCAAUAUUUUAUUUGCAAUAAUUAGCAUACAAAAUGCCUCUGGCAAAGGUUAACAAACUACAAUAUAUAUACAAAUCACACAUGCAUCAAAUUACAUAAUUAUAAUUGUUAUACAAUUGUUACAUCAUUGCGAAGCUGAUUUGGAGAAACAGUAAAGUAUAUGACAUGCAUUAACUUACAUAUUAAUUUCAUUUCUUUUCAAAAAUGCUUCAUUUAAAAAUUUCGAUACAUGCAGUAAAGUUGACUGUUUUCUACUUGACAUUAAACUAAAAAAUUUAGGUAAAGAUGGCCAUGCUGUGUUUGGAAAAUAUUUUUUGCGAAUUUCAGAAUAAUGAUCGAGUUGACUACAGAUUAAAAGAAAGUGGUAUUCACUUUUCAACAACAUGCAUUUACAAUUUUCACACAAUCUUUUUUAUCUAUACCUCGAUAACGACCGGCUUCUAUAGCUAGAUUAUGACUGCUUAACCCAAAGGAUGCAAACAGUUUCACUAAUUUGUCACUUUUUAUUUUGUUAAGAUAUUCCUCUGAUUCAAAUACAGUUUUAAAUUGAACAUGAGAUAAUGUACUAAGAUAAUUUCGGCAAAUUAUUGAUUGUCGUAUGCCAAUGUACUCUCUCUAUCUUCGUGACAAAGUAUGAAAAUAGUUUACAUCUUUAUUAAAAUUUUCCCAUAUAUCAUUUAAACCAAGAUUAUACAAUAGUUUUUUUUUACAGAGAAAGCCCAAUUUUGAUCAUUAUUACUAUUACACUCAAUAGAAAAUAACUUACACAUUAAUGACUCUGGGAGUAUAACAUGAAAAGUUAAAUAACAUAAUUAUGUGUUUGUUAUAUUAGUCACAAUGCUUGAUACAAAGAAUUAUAAGGAACAUUAUGCAAGUAAGACGACAAAACAACAACAACAACAAGAAACAAAGAAAGAAACACGAGCAAACACGCACGCACACACACAAUAUUAUUAGUCGCCGGUAGAAACCGGCGACUAUAUUUGUAAUAGUUUAAUAUUAUACCUAUGGUAGGAGAAGCCCUUAAAAUCUGAAAAUAAAAGCAUAUCAAUCAUUGAACAAUUAAAGACAACAAUUAUUUUUCAGUAAUCACAAAAAAUCAAACAUAUGAUAACUUUGCUCAGUGGAAUGAAAUAUGCACAUAAUUAUUGACGUCUUAAAAAGCAACAUUACAAUUUUCAUAAAAUGAAUCAAUAACGUAUCCCCAAGGAUCAGUCAUUGAAUAUAAGAGAUACUAUUACUUUUUUCUAUGUGUCAAGCAUUGCUAUUUUAUAAUAAAUAAAUCAUGAAUGAUAUUUGAAAUGACUCUUUAGAAUUAUUUGGUUGUUUAUUUUUAUGAAACCUUUUAUAUUACAUUAUUUUAUCUAAUUAUAAACAAAUGCUCCCUGGUCUUUCGUGAGAAUCACGUGACUACAUGUUUAUAUAUGUUGUAUAUCGUUAUAAAAUGACUAUAAGACAGGUAAUUUGUUAAUGGUGGUAACUGAUAAGAUGUAAAUCAUUGUAAUUUUGUACAGAUAAUUACAUAAGUUAUUUUUCAUUAAUCAGGUUCAUACUUUAUAUCAUAAGAGAAACCUGUUUACUUUAAAAAUACAUUUUCAAAACCUUUUCCUUUCUUCUUGGUAAAGAGUUUAACUUGGCCCUUUCUGUCAAACAUUCGACAAAAAGUUAGACUGGUUACUAAACAAUUAGAUAUGACACGAAUAUAUGUUGUAAAUAUUGUUUGUAAAAAGUAUGUUAAAACCAUAAAGUUGUAAAUAUGUUAUAUUAACUUUAAAGUAAAUGAUUUUAUUUCUUUGCUGAAUAAUAUUUGCAGUUAUUUGUUUGAGAGUGUAUUUAUUCAAACUUUGAUGAAUAUAUAAAAGUAAUGGUACUGAUACUUAAUUACUUCACCAAAAAAAGUACUGGUACUGCAGUACCGAGCUAAAAUCUAGUACUGGUACUGGUACUGCAUAAUUUGCCAAGUACUGGUACUGGUACUUAAGUACUACACCCUUAGUACUGAUGCAGCUCUGAUCGUAUGUUACGAUUGGAAUACGUGUAUUGAUUUCAACUAAAUUAUAUAUUUUUUCUAUAGCACAUAAUAAUGAUGUACAACACUUUUACAGUGAAAUUGUGUUGUUUCAUGUAAUAAUUAAACAUAUAUAUUUUCAUAGUCACUUUGCAAAUAUUCGA